AUGACAGAAAUCAAAAUCCCAUUUACAAAAAAGAGUAUCAAAAAAGUUCCUGCUAAUGAUUUAAACCCAGGAUGUAAAGGAGUAGAAUUAGAAGUCCAAACUGAUUUCUUAAUGUCGCAAAUUUGUUCCUUAGAUAAAGCGGUUGGUAAUCCUACUGACGGUUCUUUUGAAAAAUUUGGUUUUGUCUUUAAAAAUGAUACCGAACAAGCAACUUAUGAUGCCCUUUUAGAUAGUAAAAACCAAAAUUACGAGUUGAGUUUUGAUAAGGAUAAAGUUUAUUUAGAGGUUUUUGGUUUUGGGAACUUACCUGACGAGACCAAGCCAGAAGUCCAAGUUAGUCUAGGACAUAAAA